AUGACCGAUGCAAAGCAUAUGAAUGUUUAUCGAAUUGCACCUUUUUAUUAUAUUCAUGUACUGGAUCAAAAUACGAAUGUAACUCGACUUGAAGUUGGUCCAAAAACAUUUGUAAGACAAGAUCAUGAAAAAGUUUUACUUGGCCCAGAGCGCAUGUUAAUCAUUCCACCACGUCAUUAUUGUGUUAUUGAAAAUCCAGCUGUUCGUGAUAAAAAUGGCAAAGUAAUUCUGGAUUCGAAUGGUCAAGUUAAAUUAUUACAUUCAGAUGUUGAUAUACGUUUUGCUCAAGAACCAUUUUCACUUUAUCCUGGUGAAAUACUUAAACAAACUAUAACACCAUUAAAAGUUAUUGAACCUAAUUGUGCAUUACGUCUUCGUGCUGUUUUGGAUUUUAUUGAUGAUCAAGGUCAACAAAUUCGUGCUGGAGAUGAAUUUCUUUUUCAUGGACCAGGAACUUAUUUUCCACGUAAAGAAGUUAGCGUUGAAGAACAAAUCAAAGCUGUUAUUCUUAAACCAAAUGAAGCUGUUCGUUUACGUGCUAAAAAAGAAAUGACAGAUCGAGAUGGUGUUGAACGAGAAACAGGCGAAGAAUGGCUUAACCGAACCGUUGGUUCUUAUUUACCAUUAGCCUAUGAAGAAGUUGUUUCAACAGUUAAAGCUUAUGUGCUCACUGACAAAAAAGCUCUUCAUGUUCGUGCUUUACGAACAUUUACUGAUUCAGUUAAACGUAAACAUCUUCAUGGUGAAGAAUGGUUAGUCUAUGCUAGUGAUGCUGAAACAUAUAUUCCUGAUGUUUAUGAAGAGGUUGUUGGUGUUGUAUCAGUAACAGUAUUAAAUUCUCGUCAAUACUGUGUUAUUCUUGAUCCAGUUGAUUCUGAUGGUAAACCUCAACUUGGAAAGAAAAAACUUGUUCAAGGAGAAAAAACAUUCUUUCUUCAGCCCGGUGAACGAUUAGCAAAAGGUAUUCAAGAUGUAUAUGUUCUUGAAGAAGAUGAAGGUCUUAUUCUUCGUUGUACAGAAUCAU